CUCCAGAAAGAGAUAGAAUCGAAGAUGAAUGCACCACCAACAUUUGAAUCGUUUCUUUUAUUUGAUGGAGAAAAAAAAAUAACAAUUGAGAAGGAUACCAAAGUUCCCAAUGCCGCCAUAUUUACUGUCAAUAAGGAGGAUCACACGUUAGGGAACAUGAUCACAGCACAGCUUAGGAAGGAUCCACAGGUUUUGUUUGCUGGCUACAAAAAUCCACAUCCCUUGGAGCACAAGUUUGUCCUGAGGGUACAGACCACGGCUGACUACAGUCCACAGGAGGCUAUCACCCACGCCAUAACCGAUCUCAUCUCAGAGUUCUCUCUGUUAGAGGAGAGAUUUAAGGAGGCUGUCCGUGAGAAACAGGAGGGAGAUCUGAUAUAGAGAAAUUCAACAAUCUGGCUUCAUUAAAGAAAACAAAAAACUUCAAAGACAAUGUGUUCAGAAACAGGGCAUGAAAAGUUUUCAUGAAAAGAUUGGCCUUUUUAUGAAAAUUUACAACAUUAGCAGGAUAUGGAGGAGAAACUUUGUAGGAGAUUAUAUGGAGUUAAGGAACUUCAUUGAUUAUCUGUGAGCAUCUCUCAGAGGGUGUGUUUGUUCUGUGUUGAAGAGUGACCAUGUGACAGAAAGUAUGUAGUAUUGUAAGACUGAGAGUUGAUUAGUGAAUGUGAAGAUUUGGAAUGAUUGAUGUUUAAUGUGCCCGUGUUGUCAUUUUUAAAUUAAGAGAACUCUGAUACUCCAUUGAUUAAGCAAUCACCUCACAUUAAGUGAGACACCACUGAUUGUGUCAUAUUUAGUGAAUGAUAGGAGGAUUUUUAUUGUAUAUAAGGAUUUUGUUAUAAAUCUGUGUUUAUAGAAUUACUGACAUUCAGUGUAACUUUAUCACCAGUUUAUACAUGUAUAUAAGGAAUGAGAAAUUGUUUUUUGAAAAUGAUGAGUUAGAGAUAAAACUUUAUAAAAAUAAAAAUUGAACUGCUUUGAUUUGAUAUGCUGGCAUUAAUGAAGAAAUGAAGUCCCAAAAAAAUAUUUCAAAGAAUGGUGGUUUCUAUUAUGACCAUAAAAAUAAAAAGUUGAACUACA